AUGGCAGACUCCACCAUGAUUGUUUCCAGCCUUCUUCUCCUGGUAACCUACACGUGCUGCAUCUUCCCCACCGACUCUGUGACUAUCCCCUCAUCUUGCUGUAUAUCCUUUAUUUCCAAGAAAAUUCCAGAAAGCCUAGUGGUUAGCUACCAGUUGGCCAAUGGCAGCAUCUGUCCCAAGGCAGGGGUCAUCUUCGUCACCAAGAAAGGCCAUAAGAUCUGUACUGACCCCAAGCUGCCAUGGGUUCAGAGGCACAUACGAAACCUGGAUGCCAAGAAAAGCCAGCCUUCUAAAGGUGCCAAGGCAUUGGGUCCCAAGUUUGCUUUCCAGAGAUACCGUGGCAACAGCACCAAGAUUUAGUCACCUCUCUGCUGUCCCUGAACUUGGACAUAGGUAUUGACACUUUACCAGGCUGCUUUGGGCUUGAGAUGCCAGCUGGGAUGAGGCCUGAGUUCGUUUCCCCAUUCUCAGCACUUCUUUAAGGGAGUAUGUUUAUUCUGUGAGAACUGGAGGGCACGCCAAGCAUGCCAGAGUUCUGGUGUUUCCUGUGCUGAGUGAGAAGGUUCCAGAAGAAUGAUAUCAGUCAUCCUGGGUUCUCCUCUUGUGUGGCUCAAAGGCUUCAUCAGAGCCCAGGUGCAUGAGUACCUGCUGGUGUACCUUGCUUGCAGCUGGCUCUGAUGGGGUUCUUGUCUUAGGGUGGGACCUGAGGGCUGUUUGUCUGUCCACCUCUGGGUGAAGUUCUGUCAACAGUAGUAACUCCCAAGCAUGUUGGUGGGUAUUCCAAGCUGGUCCCAUCUCCAGAACUUGGAACAAAUAAAAACUUGGCUGAAAUGGA